UCAAGUAUAGACGCAAAAAAUCAAUACGAACAAGCGAAACGUCAAACGACAAAAAUAUUAUUUUAUAAUCUGUAUAUUUGACGUCGUCGCAAUUUUGGAUUAUUUGUUUUGAAACCAAAAAUAUAAAAUAAAUUCUUUAUGUAAUGUUUUAAACAUUUUAAAUCCAAGAUGGAUGUGUUAUUAACAUUAUUGUAUCUUUUACUGUCGAUGUGUGUCGUAUAUCCGCCCAAUGAGUUUAUAUCGGCCGGCUUUACAAUAGCUCAGCUGUUCGAGAGUUUCCUCGGCUCUGAAAAUAUGAAUUUUAUUGGAUAUCACAUGAAGAGGACGACUAUUACAGCAUUGAUUCAUUCUGCUUUGCCCUUGGGCUAUAUCGUGUUUAUGUUGUGCGCUGGUGAGCGCAAUGCUUGGCUGCCAGCAGCUGCUGCGGCUACUGCUAUCAUUCCCUUGUUGAUGUGCUACCGGCUGUUAUGCUGGUGGGAAAAUGAUCAAGCUAAGCACCCAGUUGUGAAGUGUCUUUUGCCCUAUGUGACUCCAGGCAUAGACUGGAGAGUAGUUGCUGCAAAUCUCAAUGUGGAAUUCCGAAAUGUGGACAAAGUGACAAUUCAACUAAAUUCAAACAGCAUGUUCAUAGCAACGGAGACAUGGCUCAUCAAGGUGUCUCAAUACUCACUGAAUGUGUUAAAGCAGGCGGACUGCACACUUGUUGCAACUGCUACCGACAGGCCCAACCUAACACCUUCCGGCGAAGAAGAGAUCCAGUACGUGAACAUCGAGGCUAUUCCUACUCGGGAUGAUAUAGAGAGGUUCACUUUCCGCGUCACGACGGCCUCGCUACGGGAGCUGCAGCCGCGGCUCUCGCAGCCCGUGCGAGUCCCGGACCACAUCUCCUUGUUGCCGACCCUUAUCGAGAGAUUUGUUGGAGUGUUCAAGCAUUACGUCGAUCAGAAUCCUGUCUACUAUGUUGACCAGGAAUUGGAACUGUGCAUUGGAUGCAUGCAUUACACUGCUGAUGUCAAGCUGAAUCGACGCUGCCACCCACCUCCCGCGUACCUGGAGGGUGGCCCGCCGCCGUGCCAGCAGUGCAAUUGCCGCGUGCUGUGGUGCUGCGCGUGCAUGGGGCGCUGGUGGGCGUCGCGCGCGGCGGGCCCGGCGGCGGGCUGGCUGGCGGGGCGCGCCACGUGCCCCGUGUGCCGCGCCAGCUUCUGCCUGCUGGACGUGUGCCCGGCCCGCCGCGCGCCGCCCGCCUCCUGAGCCGCGACCGCGCCGCGCCCGCCGCUCCGCCCGCGCCUGCUGCUCACCUUCUCGCUCACCUACCGCCGGCUACUGCACAGUGCCAAUGGACACAUCAACAUUCGGUUCCGUUAAGCGACCGUGUCUACUCAUCUCAUUCGCGACUUCUCAAAUCUCCCACUUUUAUCAUAUUACUGACUGCACUAAGUGCUGACUUACAUUUGCAAAUUAUAGCGCGGCUUAACUUAAUGCUUUGCCUCCUGAUGAACUUUAUGAUACUGACAUAUUAGAUGAAAUCAAUUAAAACGUUUAACAAUUAUACAUCUCAACUUAGAACUUAGCAUAAUACUUAGAAGCACUUUCAUAUUUACCAUUAGCAGUAGUAGGUAUUGACUACAACUAUCAUAAAUCGUAAUACAUUUUAUGUCUCCUCACUAUGUAGAGGUCUCUAUUAAUAAUGUAAUUGAUGUAAUCAAUUGAUUGUAAAAUGUAUUUUUAGAUCACCUAAUUGUACCAUUGAUGUCUAUAAUCUUAUAUAAAGUGCAAUUAAUUUUAAAGUAUGUGGACUUUCUAGUUGAAGCAAACUUAAAAGUAGUAGCAUCAUUUGUUAUUAGGGACAAUAAAAGGACUCUAUUGUAACUGAUGUAGUCCAAUGACAUUUAUAUUUUUUCCGAGUUUGCUUCACUUUAUUUUUAACGGACUGUGUAAUUAUUAUAUAAAUGUGUAUUUCAUAAUUAUGAAUGUGUAGAAUUAAGUAGCGCAAACUUAUUGUGAUUUUAAUAGUGCAUUAGUGUUAUGCAAAAUCGACUAAUCUUAUCGAAUUUGCACGUCACUAUAUUAUAGACUAGUUUAAAUAAAUUGUAAAAUAAUACAGGUAUAUAAUAUCGUAAUAAUAUUUAUGUAUUUUGGUAAUCAGGGAACGAUGUUUCUUAUCCUAGAUGUUGGUACUCUUUAGAGAGGUAAUGUAUGCAGAUAAUUUAAUGAGAUUAAUCGACAUUGUAACUGUCUAUAUAAAUGAUCUGUUGUUGCAAAUUUAUCAAAUACACGUUUUAAUGUAUGGA